CUUGGAGGAGUAACAACAAAACCAUCAACAUCUUCAACAAGCGGUGGUGAUUCCGCGUCGAAAUCGAAACCCCCAAAUCUCGAAGGGGACAUCUUCGCGAAAGAUUGGCGCAAUUACAACUGCAAAACGUGGCAUUUAGAGCCGACGGUCCGGCUUUUAAGCGUAGCCGGAAAGUAUUUAGAGCCGUACGGGAUCGAUUAUAUUUUGCAAAAAUUGGGAUUCGCACACGCUCGGACCACAAUUCCCAAAUGGAUGCAACGCGGAUUUAUGGAUCCUUUAGAUGCCAUUUUAGCCGUGUUAACGUUAAAAAUGGUCCGGAUUAUUAAAGGAGAUAAAGACGGUAAAGAUAAGGAUAAAAUUGAAGGUAGGAAAUAA